AGACGUUAGCUGAAGCAGACAAAACAUUCAGAUUACACACAUGCUUAGCUUCUACCAGCCAUGAAUGUUAACGGGUGGUGGGGAACCCAUGGAAACGACAUUGGAAGGACCUUGUACCUUCUCUUCCUCGGCCAGGUCAUUUCGUUUGUGAUGUCACUCAUGAGCUUCACUUCUUCUCUGUUAGCCAGUCUUGGAGUGGAUACUCCACUUACUUUGUCAUUCUUCAUUUACUUGGCGUUGACUCUGGUAUACGGAAGCAUCUUUAUUUACCGGCGCCAGAAACUACAGGUUCCUUGGUAUUGGUAUCUUCUCAUAGGAUUUGCUGAUGUCCAAGGCAAUUUUCUAGUUAACCAAGCGUUCCAAUAUUCAUCGAUUACAAGUGUUACGAUUCUGGAUUGUUGGACAAUCGCUUGGGUGAUACUGCUGACAUGGUAUUUCCUGGGAACUCGAUAUUCCCUAUGGCAGUUCUUUGGUGCUGCUGUCUGUGUGGCAGGGCUUGGACUAGUUCUCCUCUCGGACGCUGGGGUAGGCGGUGGAGGUGGAUCAAGACCUCUUCUGGGAGAUACGUUUGUAAUCAUGGGAACGCUUUUCUUUGCAUUGAGCAAUGUUGGUGAGGAAAUUUGUGUAAAGAAGAAAGACCGUGUUGAAGUAAUCACAAUGAUGGCUAUCUCCGGGUUGCUUGUGAGCAUUUGUGAGAUAGCUAUCUUGGAAACGAAGGGUCUUGCAUCAGUGAAAUGGUCUCCUGAAAUUAUUCUGGCAUUUGCGGGUUUUGCUUUUGCAGGCUUUCUGUUCUACACAUUUGUUCCAAUUCUUCUAAAGAUGAGUGGAGCCACGCUGUUCAAUCUCUCCCUUCUAACGUCUGAUAUGUGGGCAGUUGUCAUCCGAAUUUUCUUCUACCAACAAGAGGUGGAUUGGUUAUACUAUGUAGCGUUCGGCCUAGUUGGUAUCGGGCUUGUUGUGUACUCAAAAACAGAGAAGGUAUUAGAUUCUGCACCAGAAACUGGGGAUGGUUCACAAUACCAAAUUCUUGAUGAAGAGUGCAGAGAUGCAAGAAACGAUGAUGUGGGUGAUCGAUCUUGAUGAUGAUCAUAUCAUAGGGAAUUUAUGAAUUCAUCGUAGGGUUGAAGCUAAGAAGAGCUGUUAUUAAAUGUUAGAAUAACAAAAGAGCAAAAUUAGAUGUAAUAAUGUUACAAUAGUCAAUGACUAUAAGUAAAUUUGCUUUUAUUAAUACAAUUCUUAUUGGCCGGUUGGCCACCUUUGGCUAUGGCGCCCCUAGCAGGACUAGUGCGGCUACGGACACGACAACGACGCCCCCACUUGAGGUGGGGCGUAAUAUUGAAGGUAUGUAUGUACAUGAAAGGGAUGGUGAUCGGCCCUGCCGGUUAGUGCAUGGCCAGGUUUGCUCAUCGGACUCCCCAUGACGUAGCGUGGCUAGCGGGGUCCAAGUACCCACUAGAGCACCAGUGGCGCCUCCACUAGCGGGGGUGGUGGUUUGGGCUGGUGCAGAUUCGUGAUUGUGGCAUGAAGGCAUUGAGGGGUGGUGAUCGAUCCCUACUAAAUGUCACAUGGCCAACAAGGUUAGCCCACCAAACUCCCUGUGGUGUGGGUGUGGCUUGCGGGGGCCAAGCACCCCUGACGCAUCAUUUUUCACCAAAAAAUUAUUUUCCUUUUAUAGUAGGGGUAUAAUGAUUUUUUCCUUUUGUGGAGAUUUCACUGGAAUGACCAUUUACUUUAGAAAAUUGA